AUUGUCCAGGUUUCAAGUGUUCUGAUACACCAUUGGGUCCACUAUGGAUACACCUUAUUGGCCUAUACCUGCUGUGAAUCCAAUACCGUGACCAUCAUACUGCAUGGCCAUAACACAUGAAUGAAUAACUAAUUGAUUGGCUCUCAGUGUCAGACUCUUCAAGUUUUUUUUUUUAUAUAUAUAUUGAUUAGCGUUGAAUCUUUUUAUAUGGUGAACAUGAUUGGUCUAUUUAUCAACAGCCAGGAGAGGAACUGUUAUAGCAGCAGGAUUACAAGACAUAAUCUUUGAAUGUAAAUUAUCUUCAAGUUCAAAAAGGACUACCUGCUACUAUUUUAGAGCAUUUAUAUAUUCAACUGAUCUAAGGCUGGACACAAUGAAUGCAUGACCAAGCGAUUGGUGAUCAUACGCAUCAAACAUUACCCGGAAUUUUUAGGAAAAAUUUCUCCUGAAAACCACUGCUGGACUAUAAUUUUGUGUUUGAGGAAUUUUAUGGUUGAACAUGAAGGCACAGACAUCUUUCUUCUAGACGAGAUGAGAACAACCUUAAACAGGUUCUAAUGUUUGCUUCUCAUGGAGGACCUCCACAUUCAGACCUAUGUCAAAUACAGUUACCUGCUCAGGCGUUCAUACUUUGACAGCUCUAACUUUCUUUUGGCUCAGGCAAUUGGGCAGGACCAGGAACAUACCAACUCCCUGGGAUGUUUUGAAGGUUAAAACAAAGUAAUGUGAAUACGGAUUGACCUAUACAUUCGAAUACUGAACAAGUCAUUCAUUGGGUUAAAUUGGACAUCGAUUCUUAUACAGCCUUUCGUAUCCUCGGGAGUGUAUUCAUGAGAUAUCGAAUUGCUAUGUCGUUACGUUAGCUUUAUCGUCUGCUCAUAUGAAGAUGAACCAUUCAGAAGAGUCACGUUGAAUUCGCGCCGCGCGUCAUAGCUGAAAUCUAUAGACAAAUCAAACAUUUAAGAAACACAUUAUAAUUACUACCCUAGAAGCUCCAACGUGUUUUACUCACAGCAGUACAGUAGUGGCUAUGCAAUAGUGAUCAUUCAAUCCAGCGCCGUAGUACAACUGGCCGAAAGACGAUAUGGACGAGAGUUAUUCGGAUGAGUUUCCGAACAAUGGUACUAUUUUUUUGUUGGAUAGUAUACCUCCAGCUUUUACCAUCGUUUUGGCGACAGUUGUGUUCGUCGUCGGUGUCCCAGCGAACGCUCUAGUUAUCUACGUCAUUAUUAAAAAUGGAAAAAUGAAAACGGUAACAAAUAUAUACGUAUUUAAUCUUGCUAUUACUGAUAUCUUGUUUAUUAUAUUUGCUACUCCAAUAUCAAUCUCGUGGUAUGUUGCGUCCGAUUUUCAAUAUGGAACAGUCUUGUGUAAAUUACAAACAUUUUUGUACCAGACUAACUAUGCUGUUACUGUGUUGACGUUAACAACUUUAGCUGUUGAUAGAGUGUAUGCAGUGGUUUAUCCUGUAAAAUCGAGAGCACACAGAACAUUAAAAAGCACCGGAGUGAUGAUAGCUUUAAUCUGGAUUCUUGGAUGUCUGUCACAAAUCGUCUGUAUAUUCUACACAAGCCAACUUUUUGGACAGUGUUUUGAACUUUGGCCUUCAAGUACCGAGCGACAACUUUUCUACUGUUGUUUGUUUGUGUUCUUUUACAUCAUUCCGGUAAUCAUAAAUACUGUCUGCUAUACGAUGAUUGGUUGCAGGCUCUGGCGGACCACUACCGAAAGCAGCAUAUACCGCAUCAACCAUCCCAAAUCUGUGAUGCAACGACGGAGAAUAUCCACCAUGAUUAUGCUGGUUGUACUGUGUUUUGCUGUCUGCUGGUUGCCAUUCCAUGUAUUGGCACUUCUGGAAAACUUUCAUUUUUUACCAGUUACACAGAGCGUUUCUUAUCUUAAAAUAUUUUCAAAAAUGUUGGCGGUGAGUAAUAGUUGUGUCGAUCCGUUUGUAUACGCGUUUGUUAGUAUGAACUUCAGACGCUCAUUCAAGUGUGCUUUCCACACCUUGUUUAACAGCGAUCAUAACAACGUUGUACUCUUCGCGCCAGACCCUGACGAUAAGCAUCAUUCUCGAAUACAGAAAUCGUUUACAUUGUCGUCACGCACAAAAAGCUCUAGAAGUUCUGGAAAUUCAUCGUUUCCAAAAGUGGGAAAACCCAAAUCUAAUCUGAAGGAUUUAAUGGGAACCAGAGAAACCAACGUUUAGUGAAGCUGUGGAUCAUGGGUAUAUAAUUUCGGCAAUAUCAACCGCCUUCGGGCAGUAUAGUAGCCUACAAGAGAUAUUUUCUACACAUUAUCAACAAGCGUACAGGCGUACCCGUAUAUAUGAGAAGCACUUACUUUUGUAGUCCCGACUAAAGCUUGGAUUCCAUACAAUUGCUACACGCUAUCGCCGACAGCUUUCGGUGAUGCUGAUUGGUCGGUCGAAUCAGGGAGGAAUUACAUAUUGCAUCGGGGAGGUCUACGCAGUACAACGAUUGAACUGAAAACAAUGUAGCGACAAUGUAGCGAUUUUAAGUAAACCAGGCUUUUUUAAGUCCUAUGCCAAUUCUACUAAAACAUAAAACAAUAAUAUGGCAUUAUUACUAGGAUAACUUCAUGGACGCCUUAAAGCCCGAGUAGCCUAAUAGAAAUGAGCACGGAAUAACUUGACGUAAGCUUACAUCAGCACAUUACAGUAUGCUACACGUGCACAUGUACACUUGGUAAUUGUCUGUUGGUGAAUUUCUUUUGCGGAUUUUAGUGAAAUAUAUAUUGUAGACACUGAA